UAGUUGACACAUUCUUCUCUUUAGACAUGAGAACAACAGGAACUUUGUAUUCUAGGACUUGCAUCUGUGGCUCCCCCCAAGUUCUUAGACCUUUGCUCUUAGAAUGACACUUGCAUCAUUGGCCUGACUGCACCACACGGCUGGCACUGCAGAUCUCCAGUUUGCAGUCUGCCUGUUGUGGGACUUCCCAGCCUCUAUAAUCACGAGAAGGACACACCCUCACCAUGUGGCUCUACCUGUUAGUCCUCUUGGGCCUGUACCACCUUGUGCGCUGGUACCAGGAGAGGCAGGUGGUGAGCCACCUCCAAGACAAGUAUGUGUUCAUCACGGGCUGUGACUCGGGCUUCGGGAACCUGCUGGCCAGACAGCUGGACAUGCGAGGCUUGAGGGUGCUGGCUGCGUGUCUGACGGAGAAGGGGGCUGAGCAGCUGAGGAAGCAGACGUCAGAACGGCUGGAGACAGUGAUCCUGGACGUCACCCAGACAGAGAGCAUCGCUGCAGCCACCGAGUGGGUGAAGAAGCGUGUGGGGCAGAGAGGACUCUGGGGCCUGGUUAACAAUGCAGGUGUUGUCAGUGCGAUGACCCUCAGUGAGUGGCAGAAGAUGGAGGACUUUAUGAAUGUCCUCAAAGUGAACCUCAUUGGUUUGAUCGAAGUGACUCUGAGCGUGCUUCCCUUGGUGAGGAGAGCACGGGGAAGGAUCGUCAAUGUCUCCAGCUUUAUGGGAAGACUUGCUUUCUUUUCUGGACCCUACAGUUGCUCCAAGUAUGGAGUUGAAGCAUUUUCAGAUGUACUGAGGCGUGAGAUAAAAGGUUUUGGAGUGAAAGUCAGCAUAGUUGAACCUGGUUGCUUCAGAACUGGAAAAACAGACCCUCAGCGGUGCUUAGAGAGAAUGAAGCAAGCCUGGGAUGAAGCACCCAUGCAUAUUAAGGAAUCCUAUGGACAGUAUUAUUUUGAUGCUUAUUGCAACUCCAAAAAGGAAAUGCUGCCGAAUUAUAGCACAAACCUAUUCCUGGUCACUGACUGCAUGGAACAUGCUCUGACCUCUGUGCAUCCACGUACUCGAUAUUCAGGUGGCUGGGAUGCAAAAUUUUUCUAUAUUCCUCUAUCUUAUUUACCCACAUCACUGGCAGACUACAUAUUGACCAGAUCUUGGCCCAAACCAGUCCAGGCAGCCUAAAGAAAACUCCUUUAGUGUCUCUUGGCAUGAACAACAUAAAUAUCUGAAAUUGGUUGUUAGUGUCUCAGUAAUCCUUACUCUGAACCCAGACUGUUUGUAACAAUAAACAUUCCUUUAAAACUCUUUUCUCUGGGGCCGGGGAUUUAGCUCAGUGGUUCUGCCACCUGCUUCAAAAGCAGAUGGUCUGGAGUUCAAUCCCCAGUACCAAAAAAAUAAACCCAAAAAACAAACCUCAUUUAUCUGGCAUCAUUAGAGAACCAACAUAUUCACAUUGCAGAUAUCUAAAAUUUACUACUUUUUGUGAUGAAUCUUUACUAAUUUACAACAUUUAUUUUUGGAAAGAGUCUCACUGUGGUACACAGGCUGGCAUUGAACUUAUUAUGUAGCCCAGGCUGCCUCGACUCACAGUGAUCCUCCUGCCUCAGCCUCCUGAACGAUGGCAUUACAGGCAUGGGCCACCACUCUCUUUCCAUCAUUUAUGAUGAAAAUAUGUCUAAAAUAUCUUUCUUAUCCUGUUAAACUGAGCCUAGUAAAAACAAUUUAGCCUGUUUUUAUGUCAAUUCUUUAUCUAUGUGAACAGUUCUUUUGUGUGUGAUUAAUUCUUGUUCAGGGAUUAUUGACAAAUGUGUAGAUCUAUUUAUUUUUAUCUGAACAAGGUCUGUACUAUGGCCCUUUAAUAGAAUUUUUAUUUCUCUUUCCUUUUUGCCAGCUGUUAUUCAAUAUAUUUCUCCCUUAUUUAAAACCGGUGACUUUUAUUUUAAAAUCCAAAUAAUUUACACAUGCAUAGCUAAUACUCAAUUAAUAGUUAAAAGAAUAAAAGAAAUUCCUCAUUUUCAUUCUUACGGAUCAGUGCUGCUAAUUACUGGCAAAUGCUUUAACAUUUAGCCAUUUUUUUUCUGGUGUUUAACCCUGAAUUUUUGAAUAAAACUCUCUAUUCAUGAUUUACUAAGUUUAGAUAUUUUUACUGAAUUUCUGUUAUAGCAAAUGAGAAUUUAUUAAGAGAAUUUAUUAUUUAUGCCACUUUCUUGCCCAUUUCUUCUGUGCUCUUAUUUUUAAUAUGAUUUGACCAUAUUUCUAGCAAAUUACUAGUGUUUCCAUGGUUAUGGAGGGAAUAUUGUUUACUGUUUAGUCAUUUUUCUUUACAAUAUUUUUCUCCCCCUUGGGUAACUUACUGUGUUACUUUUGAGUUUGCAAAGGUUUUAAAUUACCUUAAUUUUUCCAUCUGUUCUCUCAGAUUGGCAAGAAAACUACCAGUACUAUUUUCUUAGCAGCUAAAUCAAUCACAGAAUUAUUCAUUGCAUCUCAACUCCCUCCCUCCUGCCCAGGGAGACUCCUUCUCUGUUGUCCUUUUGCUGUCUGAGCUCUUUGCUCUCCAGUUCUGCUGCUCAGUUAUUUCUCCCAAACUUCUCAUCUCUCUUGCUGUUUGAUCCUGUUUCCCAGAACGUGUGGCUCUUGGUUUUCUUUCCUUGCUUUUUAUUUUUCUUUUUUAGACAAGUUCUCAUAUGUAACCCAUGCUAGCGUUGAACUCACAGUGAUUCUCCUGCCUCAGCCUCCCAAGUGCUGGGAUUAUUGGUGUGUGCCACCACACCCACCUUGGUUUUCUUUCUUACUUGGGCAGACCCCAUUCUCGCUCUUUCCUAAAUCUCUACAAGUCUGAUAAGGGCUCUGUUCUCCUAAUAGAUUGGCUAUAUAUGGAAUUCUUGGGUGGAAAAUCAUUUUCAGAAACUUCCUCUUCUAUUUUGUAAGAUACAUAAGUACCUUAACACCACUCUGAUUCAUGGUUCUUGUUGUUUGAGUUCUUUUUGCCCCCAUUCUAUGGAAACUUUACAAUCUUCAUUGCUUGUGUCCUAAAUUUCUCCGGGAUGGGGUAGAGGUAGAUCUUUCAUUCCCUUAUGCUGAGUUCGCAGCACAAAUCACAAUGUAGGAGAUCAGAGAACUGCUUCAAUAGUGGCAAGCAGAUGAGAGAGGAUUUGGUGUAGUGUUCAAGUGGGAAGAUUGGCUUUAGGGAGAAGCUUGACAUAAAUAAAAGUUUAUUUUCUACAGUAAUAAGAUAGUACGUAGGUCAUCCAGGUUGGUUUAUAGCCUAUGCACAUCUUUUCCUCUAGUUUGUCACCUCAAGGUUUUGUUACGGUUGCUGCAGAUUCAAACCUCACAUCAAUUCACUAGACAUUUAUAGGUAAGGAGAAGGGUGAUAGUGCCUACAUUUGUCCCCCCCCUUUUUUUGUGGUACUGGGGCCUGAACCAAGUAAGCACUGGGCUACUUUUCCAGUGCUUUUUAUUUUCAUCUUUUGAGACAGGGUUUUGCUAAGUUACCCUUGCUGGCCUCAAACUUUUGAUCAUCCUGCGUCAACUUGCAAAUCAGAGGGGAUUACAGACCUGAACCACUGGCUGCAUUUGUCCUCUUGUGUGAGGAAAGCAAAAGGUUUUUCCAAAUUCCCUAUUGUAUAGUUGUAGUUUUUCUAUGUGCACUUGACUGUAUAUAGUCAAUUAUUGCUUCAAUUGGUACACUUUUGACAGUGAAAAAGUGAUUGCAUUGGUGAUUUACAAAGGGAUAACAAGUAUGAAGUAGUACUGUUCUAGGUAAAUUAGUGCAUCCAAUUUUAUUCAAUUAGGCAUGAAACAUUUCUUUUACUAUGUGUUUCAUAUUUUUAGAAUGCCUAUAGCAAUACCAUUGUGAAAAAGAAAUCUACCAGUUGGAGUUCAGUAUUUAGUUGUUGGUUUUAGAUAAAAUAAAAACUCAAAGUAGUUCUUUCAAAGAGCAGUUGUUUUCUUUACCUAUUCUGUAUACUUUUAUUAUUCAUUUGAAAUAUAGUUUGGUUUCUUUUUUCCCUAUUGUGAGUAAUUUGACUUUUCCCCUGCAUGAUAUUGAUUUAUUUUUUGAAUAUUUGAAACAUUGUCACGAUUCUACAGUCAAACCUAGAUUUUUUUGUUUUUGUUUUUGUUCUGCUUUUUUGAGACAUAGUCUUGCUGUGAAGUUCAGGUUGGCCUUGAACUCAUGGCAAUCCUCCUGCCUCACCCUCCCAAAUGCUGGAAUUACAGGCAUGUGCCACCAUGCCUGGAAAACCUAGAUGAUUUUGAAGCGAAUAUGGCAUCAUAUUAGGAACUGUAGUUUUGCGAAUGUUACCAUUUGCAGCAACAAGAAGAAAAAUAUGUUAUCUAGGAAUAAACCUGUGCAAUAUUCAUUUUGAAAACUGUAAAAUUUCAUUGGAAAACAUUGAAGAAAGCAUAUAUAAAUAUAAACAGAUACAAUAUUCGUGAAUAAUGUUUCAAUAUAAAGUGAUACAUCAUUUUCCCUCAAAUAACUUAUAAAUUCAAUGUGAUUCCAGUCCAUCAAAAUUCCAACAGUUUUUUUGGAAAUUGAGAAGCUGCUUUUUACAUUUAAUGGAAAAACAAGAGGAAAGAGGAAUCAAGAAAAUUUGGAAGUACAAGCUGAGGGAACCUGCAUCUCCAGACAUUAAGAGUUUAUAGCCAGGUGCACUAGCAAAUGCCUAUAAUCCCAGCUAUUCCUGGAGCCGAGGCAGGAGGAUGGCAAGUUUGAGACUAGUCUAUGCACCUUUGUGAGACCCUGUCUCAGAGAGUAGGAGUGAAGAACUUACCGUACAAUUUACUAUUACUUUUUAUUUUAAAUGAUAUAAUCAAAUAGAUGCAAAAGGAUGACAAAUAGAUGUAUAGAACAGAGUGAGGAGCUGAAAUUUACAUGAAAAUUUGAUGUAACAGGAAGCAUAAUGAGGUAGUGGGAAAAUGAUUCAAUAAAUAGGGCAGGGCAAAGUUUUUCUUAUGCAGAAUAAUAACUUUGGAUUCCUACCCUAUACCAUGCACAAAGGCAAAUCCUAGUGGAACGAAAAUCUAAAUACGAAACACAAAAGUUAAAAAAUCUUCAACAUAAUCCUUUGGAGAUUGACCAGAGGUAUAUCGGAAAUAGCAUGUGAAUUAAUGUUUUUCUUAAGCUGAGUGUUAGGUUAAUAAGUGUGAAUGAUACUUAAUGUUGUGCAUAAAAUAUUGUAUGCCUCCAAUGUUAAUAAGAAAAUGAAAUGCAAAACAUGUCAUGGUCUGUGUAAUCACAAACUAUAGGAACUCAAAGAACACACCUACUAGUGCUCUGUGUAAACAAUCAAUAAACUUGUGGAAUGUAAAACACCCAUA